CCCACUUGCACGACAGCGAUUGCUCACCUCUGUGAGGGCUUCAAUCUAGCUUUAGAGGGAUCUGCUGGAUGUGCGACGAGACGAGGUCGUAGCUUUCGACAGUCUGCAAGCAUGCAACCUAAAAGUAGCAACCCGUUGACCAAACUACCGACAUGGGUGUCCAUCUCCAUCGGCAUUUUCAUUGGGCUUGCUGUAGCCAACCUAUUCACCUCGUCAGACUCCCGCACAUUAUGGAGAGGCGGCCACUCGCCAUUACCGCAGAACAUUCACACUAGCUCGAGGCACCCCGUAAGCGUGCCCACGGAGGAACAACGCCUCCGCGUCCUGAAGCUUCUGACGACACUCUCCCCGCAUUACACAAAAGAAUGCACACGAAACGCACAACCACUUUACAAGGAGCAAGCUCAGGAACGAUAUGACGCGCUCAUUGGCCAUCUACCACCAGCGCGGACAUCGUGGCUCGACGCUAUCCGGAUGAGCACUGGCUCUGAGGGCGACUUUGUCCCGCCGUCAAGACCAAGACACCCGGAUACCCACAAGUAUUUCUUUGCUAUCAAUCUGUAUAACUCAUUCGACAUCAUCCCCGACCUUUUCGCCACUCUCUUCCGCGUAUCCUCUGUCUUGGGCUACCAAAACGUAUAUGUCUCGAUAUACGAGAAUGGUUCGACAGAUCAGACGAAGGCCCUGCUGCAAAUAUUUAACGCUCUGUGCAAAUCGGUGGGAUUGCGUGUGGAUAUUCAGACAUCUAUGCGUACCCGUGGCGCUUUCAACCACCGUAUCGAGUACCUGGCUGAAGUCCGGAACGCCGCCUUCGUGCCAUUACACGAUCUGCGUAAUACUCAGAACGAAUACUUCGACACGAUCAUCUUCAUGAACGACAUCUUGCCAUGCGUGGAUGAUCUCCUGGAGCUGAUUUGGCAGAGUCGGAAAAACAACGCAGGUAUCACCUGUGCGACGGACUAUAUGUUCCACGAGGAGCUUGGAUCCCCCGUGUUCUACGACAACUGGGUCGCGCGCGACAUCAACGGUACAGCACUUGAGAACGCCCCCUUCGAAUCCAUUUUUCACCAACCCCAAUCUCAAGAACGUUUCCAGCAACAUCUUCCCGUCCAGAUGCAGUCCUGUUGGAACGGCAUUGCCAUCAUGGACCCUGCGCCGUUUUACGCGCCGCCCCAUGUUCGCUUCCGCAUGGCACGAAUUACAGAGGGAGAGUGUUCGGCGAGUGAAUGUAGUUUGAUUGCAAACGACUAUUGGGAGGCGGACUACGGUCGUAUCCUGAUGGUUCCCAGAGUGAAAUUAGCGUACGACAAUCGGGUGUUUGAAAUCAUUCACCCGCCCCGCAAGAACUUGACGUCAAUACGAGGCUACGUCCGGUUAGGCGGGCUUCCCGAUAAUCCGCGUACAGAUCCCCAGGAUCGCCAGUGGUUCGGCCCCCAUGACCGACUCUUUACUGACGAGGAGAAUGAACCGCUAGACUUCCUGCCUGGUCCCGAACACGUAUGGUGCUGGGGAUGGGACGGUGCAGGCGACCUUGACGGCCCAGAUGUUGACCCUAUCUGGGAACGCAGGCCGAAUCACACCACGAUGGUCGAUGCCGUUAAGGUGCGGCAUCGGCGGAAUCUCAACACAUAGCUGCGCGAGAACGACUGCGCGCGACUGUCACGGCCUAGGAUGAAGUCAUGUGUUUUUGGGCCGCGAGCAUUUCUCUUUUAGAUGCUCUGCAUAUGCUUUCGAUAUCUAUCAUGCAGGGAGUACACUCACCUUAGGACGUAUAAUCAUGAGUAUUUAACUAGCCAUACC